CCACGAUUCGAUUCCUUGAACCUCGAUGGCCGGCCGUUUCACGAAAAAGAAUCUUUAGAAGCAGCCAGCUUCAGCCAGCUCGUUCGACGUCAAAAUCCGAUGGUUGAUCGAUUUUUUUUACGGCUGGCCAUCAUCCAAUAAGUUCGGUGGCUGUCGAGGACGACGCUCGCUCCACGAGCGGUCCACUAUAUUUAAAUAUAGUCGAAGAUCGUCGUAGAGAGGAUGGACGAGCGGCUAGUCUUAUGUGCGAGCCGCUGAUAGCAGCCCGCUCCUCUCGGUGGAGCAGCAGCAGCAGCAGCAGGGGCGGUAGAGUGACAAGCAAAGUGAUCGAGAGGUGAGCUCGAGCAGAACGAAGAGGAGUGGUGUCGAUCCCUGAGUGGGCUGUGAACAGGCCAGUCUCGUUUCAAGUGUACAACCCGGGCAAAAAUCUUCAGCCGAAGGGGGCUGAAAACGUCGGCCCGUUGCCGCAACGGGCUUCCUCUCUGCGCCGUUCGCCAACUGUCCGAGAGAUAUGACGUCCGGUUGUUUCUCUCCUCCGCCGAUUCGACCACCGAUCGACCUCAACGAUCAAUCCGACACAGUCAAGGUGGAAUGUCUUCUUGGGCACCGACUUGAUCAAAGUGUCGAGGUUUUACAAGGAUAGCAAGGAGGGAAAGUUCGUGAGCUUCUUGUACGAGGACACGAGGACUCUGUACGACGGUUUCCGUAAAGGCGCCAAGGAGUCUAACAACGGUCCUUGUCUUGGCUGGCGGGAUGGACCAAACAAACCAUAUCAAUGGCUACAUUACAACGAGACCCUGCUCAGGGCGAAGAAUUUCGGCUCUGGCCUAGUGUCUCUGGGGCUGAUGCCAGGAUCGCACACGCUCAUCGGUCUCUACAGUCAGAACUGUCCAGAAUGGAUCCUCACGGAGCAGGCUUGUUACACGUACUCUUUGGUAGUAGUACCUUUAUACGACACAUUGGGCCCUGACGCGUGCGCCUUCAUCAUUAAUCAAGCCGAGAUCAAUUUGGUCGUGGUCGAGAACGAUACCAAGUGCAAUUUGCUUCUCGACAAAGCGCCAAGAUGCCUACGAAAAUUGGUGGUGAUAAAGGAGACGAGGCAGACGACGAACCAGAGGGCGAAGAACCGCGGCGUCGAGCUGCUCAAGUUCGACGACGUUGAGCGGCUGGGCGCCCAGAAGAAUCACCCGGAAGUUCCCCCCAAAUCGACCGAUCUGUGCACCAUAUCGUACACGUCUGGGACCACGGGUAACCCGAAAGGGGUGAUGUUGACACACCAAAACGUGAUAGCGGGCAUAAGCGCGGUUCUCGUUCAAUUGGGCGAGCACAAGCCCUCGUACAAGGACACGAUGAUCAGCUUCCUGCCACUGGCGCACAUGUUGGAACGUUGCUGCGAGAAUGGAAUGUACAUGGUGGGCGGCUCCGUAGGAUUUUACAGCGGCGAUAUCAAAAGGUUGUCCGAAGAUAUGAAAGCCUUGAGGCCUACUGUGAUGCCCGCUGUGCCCAGGCUGUUGAAUCGAAUGUACGACAAGAUCCAAACUGAACUUCAAAACUCAUGCUUGAAAAAGCUGGUAUUCAGCCUGGGGAUGCGGGCGAAGGAAGCGGAAAUCAAGAAGGGGAUAAUCAGGAACAACAGCAUAUGGGAUAAACUGGUCUUCAGCAAGAUCAAGGAGUCAACGGGAGGGAGGGUGAGGCUGAUGGUCGUUGGUUCCGCACCUUUGGCGGGAAACGUUCUCACAUUCACGAGAUGCGCACUUGGUUGUUUGAUCGUCGAAGGAUACGGCCAGACUGAGUGCUGUGCACCGAUCACUCUUACCGUUCAGGGUGAUCAUGUACCGGAACACGUAGGACCACCGGUCCCCUGUUGUUGCAUCAAAUUGGUAGACGUUCCGGAAAUGGAAUACUAUGCGAAGAAGAACCAAGGCGAGGUAUGCGUAAAAGGCACCAACGUGUUCGUGGGCUACUUUAAAGAUCCGGAAAGAACAGCUCAAGCUAUCGAUGAAUACGGUUGGCAUCAUACCGGUGACGUUGGCAUGUGGCUACCUAAUGGAACGCUUAAAAUAAUCGAUCGAAGGAAACACACCUUCAAGCUUUCGCAAGGAGAGUACAUAGUUCCGGAGAAAAUUGAGAAUAUUUAUUUACGCAGUCAAUACGUUCAUCAAGUGUUCGUCCACGGGGAAUCCCUAAAAUCGUGCGUUGUAGGAAUAGUAAUACCAGACGUAGAUGUGGUGAAAUGUUGGGCAGUGGAGAACGGUAUACCAGGAACGUUGAGCGUAUUAUGUGCUAAUCCGCAAGUCAAACAAUUGAUCAUGGACGAUAUGCUUUCAUGGGGAAAAGAAGCCGGUCUCAAAUCUUUCGAACAGGUGAAAGAUAUUUAUUUACAUCCAGAUCCGUUCUCUAUACAAAAUGGUCUGCUUACACCGUCAUUGAAAAUGAAACGACCUCAGUUAAAAGAUUACUUCAAGCCACAGAUAGAAGAUCUCUAUCGACAUUUGGACUGAUCAGACUGAGCAUCGAUUUUGAUUCUGUUUUCAUUAGAAUCGGAUACAAAAACGCGAAGAAGAAUCGAGGCGUGUUUGCGUCGCAUUUACACAAAGAAAUCAUCGAAUAUUUAUUUACUCCGCGAUAUUUUUAUUAUAUCAUUUUCUUUUUCAUGAUUACAUAUAUAUAUAUAUAGCGACGCAAGAAAGAAUAAAAAAAGAAAAAACAUCGUUUAGAUUAUUAAAAUAUUGAUAAUGUUAUAAUAAAAUGAAUUAUUAUUAUUAUUAUUAUUAUUAGGCGUCUCGUUUUCUCUUGAAUAUAAUCAUUUUUCGAUACUUGUCACAUAUAUUUACAGUCUUCUUCGUUAUCCCAUCCUUGUAUUUUGAUACAAAUUAUUAUCGCUUUUACUUAAUGGUACACACUAUAGAUGUAUAUUUUUAUUGAUAACAAUAAUUAAUUAAAUUUUGAAUUAUAAUUUAAUACUUUAAGAUAUGUAUAUUAUUCGUUUCCGUAAAAUGCAAUCGAUUGCGAUAUGUAAAAGAAAACUUGAGGUUCACGUAUAAUAAAUUGAUUGCAAAAAACGGACAAUUUGAAAAGAUAAUAAAGAUAAUCUCAAAUA